UUGAUUUACACUAAGUCAGAAUACUGUCAUACACUGUGUAUUUAUUUUUGCUUGGGGAUUUUGGAAUGAUGCAAAUGUCAACAUCAAGUCACUUCUUCGAGGAUUUUCCGCCUCCUGACGACAUUGAACAUACCAUCAGGGAUGCAGAGGCUUUUGUAAAGCUAAAUUCAGUCAAAAACAAAAAUGUCGUUCUCGUUACGUCUGGUGGGACAGCUGUACCUAUGGAAAGCAGAACAGUGAGAUUCAUUGAUAACUUCAGCACUGGGACCAGGGGUGCAGCAUCCACAGAAUACUUUCUAGCAGCUGGUUAUGCUGUCAUCUUUCUGCAUCGGGCAAGGUCAGCCAAACCAUUUGUCAGACAUUUUCCAGAAGAAAAACUUCUUGAUCUAUUUGUAUUAAGAGAAGCAGGAGGCAAUGAUGCAAGUGCAAUAACAGUGAAACAAGAUGAGUCUGCAAGACUUGCCAGAGUUCUACGAGCCUACCAUUCCGCAUCCUCCACCAACAGUCUUCUCUCCAUCCCAUUCUUCUCUCUUCAAGACUACCUCUAUUUCUUGAAAAGUAUCUCAGGUGUCUUGGGUCAGCUGAGACAGAAGAGUAUGUUCCUCCUUGCAGCAGCAGUCUCUGAUUUCUACAUACCAAGUGAUGAAAUGCCUGAACACAAGAUGCAGUCUUCUGAAGGGCCACCAGAGGUCAGACUGAGCUCGGUUCCAAAGAUGCUUCCUGUCCUUAUCCAUCGAUGGGCUCCGGAGGCAUUCAUCAUCUCUUUCAAGCUAGAGACAGAUCCUAAGCUUCUGCUCCUUAAAGCCAGAAAGGCUCUUGAUACAUAUCAGCACCAGGUAAGUUUGCCAUACCAUUAAACAACAAUAGCUUCUGAUGCAGUGA